AUGUUCAUCAGCUAUAGUAUUUACUAUUUUGGCAGAAAGUCUAUAUUGAUAGCUUCAUUCAAUGGAUCAGGUGAAGCAUUAUCAAUUACGGCAACAAUGCAAAUAAAAUUGGCUCAAUUGAUGUUCAAUGGAUUGGUGUUCUUUAUUUCAGCCAUUUUUGUAUUAAAUUACAUAGACUACUUUCUGAAUAUGGAUGAUUAUCACUUAUGCCAAGGUUAUAUCGCUAAUUAUUAAUUAGCUUAGUUUUUCAAUAUAAUUACCACAGUCGGAUUCUUGCUUUAAGGAUUAUUCUUUUUAUAGAUAAGACAGUUAACUCGUUAAGUGAACAAGAAUAUUAAAUAUGAUCAAAGUGGAGAAAUCAGAUAAUUUACUGAAGUUGUGAAGAAGAGAUUAAAAUAAAUUUGGUAUAAAUGCUCAAUAUAGAGGUUGCUCCUGAUUGUAAAUAUAAUAGGUUCUUUUGUUAGUUUUACUUAGAAUAUCUAUUUUGUGAUCAUGAAUCAAAUAUACCACACUAAAGGUAUAAGAUACACAUGCUUUUAUGUCAAUUUUCCGAAUGAUGAGAAUUUGACCAAUUUCUUGAAUUCAAGUCUUGACUUGUUAGAUAAAUUCUUUUCUUUCUUUCUUCCCUACUUUUUUGCUCUAGUUAUAUUUUGGUCGAGAAAGGCAAAACAGGUGGUGUAAUCAGAAUCUUAAGAAAUUACAACCGAAACGUAUGUCAUUCAAAGUGAUAGCACAGAAUAGAUAGAUCAAAGUCCAUCAAUGGAAACUUGA